AUGUCGCUUGUCUUCGCGCCAGAAGAAAUGGAACACACAGCGUACACAUCUGUCAACAUGCGACCCGACGCUCUCACUGUGGGCCAAACUAGUAACUCAGACGCCAAUGCCCGAAUCAAGGACUUCUUCAAGGACCCUCCCUACGUGAUAGCUGCCGGUGACUUCCCCGGCGACCUCACUCGGAAGAAAGCCCAACGGGUUGAUGCAGUUGUGGAAGUCAUUGGACUUGUCGCCGCCACCGGUGUCUUCGAAGCUGCCACCCCGGACCAACUGGCGGACGGCCGCAUUCCACUAGCCAACGUUCAGACGGAGGGCCUUCUCGAGAUUGGUGCGCAAUUCGACAACGCGUAA